CUCAACCCUGGAACUUUUCUCCUUCACGGAGCCAUGGCAAAGAACAGAAACAAGAAGAAGAGAAGCGGCGUGGCGCCGAUGGACACCGCCGAGCCCACUCUCACAGAUGUCCCACAAUCGAUGGACACGUCAGAGUCGGUUGCUACAACUGCCACGCAUUUUCCAGCUUCUGGUGAUCCCAUUAAGAGGAAGAAAGGAGUAACAAUGAAGAGAUCAAAAAAUGUCCGAAAGAUGAAAGCAAUAGCAAAAGCCAUAUCUCAAAAUGAGAAGUCAACGGAGAAAAUUUCGAAGAAUGAAAGUAAAACAAUGAGAGCCCAAUCAGCAAAAAUGCUAUAUGAUUGACUUCUGUUGUGUCCAGCCUUCUUGACAAAAGCCUAUACCCCAUAGAAGCAGAAUAUUGCGAAUUCAAUCCACAAAAAUUUGCUGUUUGGCAGAGUUUUGACAAGAGUUAGGUCAAGCCGUCUUGGCCCCCCAUGAUCCAUCUAUGGAAAGGGCCCGGAAGCAGCCAAUCCUGAUUUGUUUUCUACAGAAAUUUCUUAGUAAUUUCCUUUGCCAUCAUGAAUGCAAUCUUUUUUCUAAUAUCAUUUUUAAUAAUCUCUGGCUGAGCUUGGCAGCUUAUUAGUUGAUGUAUGCAAUCCCAACUGCUUGAAUCGUCAGUUCCAUUAUGGAUGAUAUCAUAAAAAAACAUUGAAAAUA